AUGGUGUACUCGAAUCGAGGCGACUGGGGGCACCAGCAUCUACUGCUGUUUUUUAUAAUCCUCACAGCCUGGGAAAGCGGAAGCGGCCAGGUCCACUACUCAGUCCCGGAGGAGGCCAAACACGGCACCUUCGUGGGCCGCAUCGCGCAGGACUUGGGGCUGGAGCUGGCGGAGCUGGUGCCGCGCCUUUUCCGAGUGGCUUCCAAAGGCCACGGGGACCUUCUGGAGGUAAACCUGCAGAAUGGUAUUUUGUUUGUGAAUUCUCGGAUCGACCGCGAGGAGCUGUGUGGGCGGAGCGCGGAAUGCAGCAUCCAUCUGGAGGUGAUCGUGGACAGGCCGCUGCAGGUUUUCCAUGUGGAAGUGGAGGUGAAGGACAUUAACGACAACCCGCCCGUAUUCCCAGAGACAAAAAAGAAUCUGUUUAUAGCCGAAUCCAGGAUGCUUGACUCUAGGUUUCCACUAGAGGACGCUUCCGAUGCAGAUAUCGAGGAGAACGCUCUGUUGACUUACAGACUGAGCCCCAACGAGUUUUUCUCUCUGGACGUACCAACCAAUGGCGAACAGGAAAAACCUCUUGGUCUUGUAUUACGGAAAUCUUUAGACAGGGAAGAAUCUCCGGAACUUCAUUUAUUGCUCACAGCCACUGAUAGAGGCAAACCUGAGCUGACUGGCACUGUUCAGUUACUCAUCAAAGUGCUGGAUGCCAAUGACAACGCACCAGUUUUCGACAGAACACUCUAUGCGGUGAAAUUACCAGAAAAUGUUCCCAAUGGAACAUUAGUAAUUAAACUCAAUGCCUCAGAUUUGGAUGACGGCAUGAAUGGGUAUAUUAUUUACUCAUUCUCUAGUGACGUUUCCCCAGAUAUAAAAUCUAAAUUCUACAUGGAUGCCAUAAAUGGAGAAAUUAUAGCAAUAGGACAUAUCGAUUUUGAAGAAUGUAAAACCUACAAAAUUCGAGUAGAAGCGAUCGAUAAAGGCUAUCUACCACUAGCUGGUCACUGUACAGUUCUUGUGCAAGUUUUGGACGCUAAUGAUAAUGCUCCAGAGUUGACUGUUACUUCUCUGUCUCUCCCUAUCUCAGAGAAUGCUCAGCGGGGCACAGUCAUCACCUUGAUCAGUGUGUCUGACCGAGAUUCUGGAGCUAAUGGCCAGGUGACCUGCACACUGUCGCCCCAUGUCCCCUUCAAGCUGGUGUCCACCUUCAAGAAUUACUAUUCGCUGGUGCUGGACAGCGCCCUGGACCGCGAGAGCGUGUCGGACUAUGCUCUAGUAGUGACAGCACGGGACGGGGGCUCGCCUUCGCUGUCGGCCACGGCCAGUGUGGAGGUGGAGGUGAAGGACAUUAACGACAACCCACCAGUCUUCUCCGUCUCAGAACAAAAGCUUUCAAUACCCGAAUCUCGGCUGCUUGACUCUCGAUUUCCGCUAGAAGGCGCAUCUGAUGCGGAUGUUGGAGAGAAUGCAGUGCUUACUUACAGACUCAGUCCAAAUGAGUUUUUCAUUCUUGAUAUUAUAAACAAAAAAGACAAAGGCAAAUUUCCAGUGCUUGUUCUAGGAAAAAUGCUGGAUCGUGAAGCAAAUCCUCAGCUUCAGUUAUUAUUAACGGCAACCGAUGGAGGCAAACCCGAAUAUACUGGAUCUGUUACUCUGCUGAUCUUGGUGUUGGAUGCCAAUGAUAAUGCGCCUAUGUGUGACCGAUCCGUUUAUGAAGUUAAAAUGUAUGAAAAUUCAGCGAACCAAACGUUAGUAAUAUGGCUGAAUGCGUCUGAUGCGGAUGAAGGAAUAAACAAAGAAAUGAUAUAUUCAUUUAGUGCUUUGGUUCCAUCCAGCGUAAGAAGGAAAUUUCUAAUGAAUGAAAAAACGGGAGAAAUACGAAUAAAUGAUGCUAUUGACUUUGAGGAUAGUAACACUUAUGAAAUUCAUGUAGAUGUGACAGAUACAGGAAACCCACCUAUGGUUGGUCACUGCACUGUCUUAGUGGAAAUUCUGGAUGAAAAUGAUAAUUCACCUGAGGUGGUUAUCACUUCUUUGGCUCUUCCGGUACAAGAAGAUGCUCAGGUAGGCACUGUCAUCGCCCUGAUCAGCGUGUCCGACCGUGAUUCUGGAGCUAAUGGCCAGGUGACCUGCACACUGUCGCCCCAUGUCCCCUUCAAGCUGGUGUCCACCUUCAAGAAUUACUAUUCGCUGGUGCUGGACAGCGCCCUGGACCGCGAGAGCGUGUCGGACUAUGCUGUAGUGCAGAGGCGGCAGAGGGUGUGUUCUGGGGAGGGUCCGCCCAAGACCGACCUCAUGGCUUUUAGUCCCAGCCUUACCCCGUGUCCAGUACCAGAUGUGCAAAGGGAAGAACAGUCUAGUGGAGAGGACUACUCAAGGAAGAGCAGGAUGUUAGCUUCAGGAUCAGGUGGCCAGGAAGUCAAGCGCUUGCUGCUCUCGGUUAUGCUCCUUGCAGCGUCGGAGGCCGAGAGCGGCCAAGUCCAUUACUCUGUCCCGGAGGAAGCCAAACACGGCACCUUCGUGGGCCGCAUCGCGCAGGACCUGGGGCUGGAGCUGGAAGAGCUGGUGCCGCGCUUUUUCCGAGUGGCGUCCAAAGGUCGCGGGGAUCUUCUGGAGGUAAAUCUGCAGAAUGGUAUUUUGUUUGUGAAUUCUCGGAUCGACCGCGAGGAGCUGUGUGGGCGGAGCGCGGAAUGCAGCAUCCACCUGGAGGUGAUCGUGGACAGGCCGCUGCAGGUUUUCCAUGUGGAGGUGGAGGUGAAGGACAUUAACGACAACCCGCCAAUGUUCCCAGCGACACAAAAAAAUUUGUUUAUUUCUGAAACUAGGGCUCUCCACUCUCAUUUUUCACUAGAGGGCGCGUAUGAUGCAGAUAUCGGGGCCAACGCUCUGCUGACUUACAAACUGAGCCCCAACGAAUAUUUCUCUCUGGAAGUACCCACCAACGAGGAACAGGUAAAACCGCUCGAACUAGUACUAAAAAAAUCUUUAGACAGGGAAGUCGCUUCAAAGCUUCUCUUGGUGCUCAAAGCAACUGAUGGGGGCAAACCUGAGCUGACAGGUACCACAGAGUUACACAUCACAGUGCUGGAUGCAAAUGACAACGCCCCAGUAUUUGACAAAGCAGUCCAUCGUGUAAAAUUAGUGGAGAAUUCAAGAAACGGUACUCUGGUUAUUAGACUUAAUGCCUCGGAUUUGGAUGAAGGUUCCAACAGUCACAUUCUUUAUUCAUUUGCAACUGAUGUCUCCUCUAAUACAGAAGCCUCUUUUCACAUAGAUUCAGAGAGUGGAGAAAUAAAAGUAAACGGAAAAAUAGAUUUUGAAGAAACUAAAUUAUGGAAACUUCAAAUAGAAGCAGUUGACAGAGGAAAUCCUCCGAUGUUUGGUCACUGCACAAUCUUGAUAGAAGUCUUGGAUAUUAACGAUAAUGCUCCGGAGUUGCUAGUGACUUCACUAUCGCUGUCUGUUCCAGAGGAUGCUCCACUGGGGACCGUCAUCGCCCUAAUCAGUGUAACUGACCGUGACGCUGGUGGCAACGGGCAAGUUACCUGCUCACUAACACCCCAUGUCCCCUUCAAGCUGGUGUCCACCUUCAAGAAUUACUAUUCGCUGGUGCUGGACAGCGCCCUGGACCGCGAGAGCGUGUCGGACUAUGCUGUAGUGGUGACCGCACGGGACGGGGGCUCGCCUUCGCUGUCGCUGGUGGAUGUCAACGUGUACCUGAUCAUCGCCAUCUGCGCGGUGUCCAGCCUGCUGGUGCUCACGCUGCUGCUGUACGUGGCGCUGCGGUGCUCGGCGCCGCCCAGCGAGGGCGCGUGCGGGCCGGGGAAGCCCACGCUGGUGUGUUCCAGCGCGGUGGGGAGCUGGUCGUACUCGCAGCAGAGGCGGCAGAGGGUGUGCUCUGGGGAGGGUCCGCCCAAGACCGACCUCAUGGCCUUCAGCCCUUGUGUUCCUCCCGGUUCAAGUUCUGGAGAUAGUGGAGAACAACGGGAUAUUUUCGGGAAUGAUUGUACAGUACUCACUAUUCAGGCGCAAGGUGUCGCUCUUUACUUGGUGGAAGUAGUUCUUUCAAGGGUUGGUCUGACCAGCCAGGAACGCCCCGUACAAAAACGACUCCAUCAUGCCUAA